UUGGUGCCACAGAGGGUUGUUUCAGGUAGUAAUUCUUCUGUGCUUCUUACUUUAUUUCUAGAUUGCAGCCAAAAUUGGAGGUGAUGCUGCUACAACCGUGAAUAACAGCACUCCUGAUUUUGGUUUUGGGGGCCAAAAGAGACAGUUGGAAGAUGGAGAUCAGCCGGAGAGCAAGAAGCUGGCUUCCCAGGGAGACUCAAUCAGUUCUCAACUUGGACCUAUCCAUCCUCCCCCAAGGACUUCAAUGACAGAAGAGUACAGGGUCCCAGAUGGCAUGGUGGGCCUAAUCAUUGGCAGAGGAGGCGAACAAAUUAACAAAAUCCAGCAAGAUUCAGGCUGCAAAGUACAGAUCUCUCCAGACAGUGGUGGCCUACCUGAGCGCAGCGUGUCCCUGACAGGAGCCCCUGAGUCUGUCCAGAAAGCGAAGAUGAUGCUGGAUGACAUUGUGUCUCGGGGUCGUGGGGGUCCCCCAGGACAGUUCCACGACAAUGCCAAUGGGGGCCAGAAUGGCACUGUGCAGGAGAUCAUGAUCCCUGCAGGCAAGGCUGGCCUGGUCAUCGGCAAAGGCGGGGAGACAAUUAAGCAGCUACAGGAACGUGCUGGAGUGAAGAUGAUCUUGAUUCAGGACGGUUCCCAGAAUACGAAUGUGGACAAGCCCCUCCGUAUCAUUGGGGAUCCUUAUAAAGUGCAGCAAGCUUGUGAGAUGGUGAUGGACAUCCUCCGAGAACGUGACCAAGGAGGCUUUGGGGAUCGAAAUGAGUAUGGAUCCCGGAUUGGUGGGGGAAUUGAUGUGCCUGUGCCCAGGCAUUCUGUUGGGGUAGUCAUUGGCCGGAGUGGAGAAAUGAUCAAGAAGAUUCAGAAUGAUGCUGGUGUGCGGAUACAGUUCAAGCAAGAUGACGGGACGGGACCUGAAAAGAUCGCUCACAUCAUGGGUCCCCCAGACAGAUGUGAGCAUGCUGCCCGGAUUAUCAAUGAUCUCCUCCAGAGCCUCAGGAGUGGUCCCCCGGGUCCUCCUGGGGGCCCUGGCAUGCCCCCUGGGGGCCGGGGCCGAGGACGAGGCCAAGGCAGCUGGGGCCCUCCUGGUGGGGAGAUGACCUUCUCCAUUCCCACCCACAAAUGUGGGCUGGUCAUUGGCAGAGGCGGCGAGAAUGUGAAAGCCAUAAACCAACAAACAGGCGCCUUUGUGGAGAUCUCUCGGCAGCUGCCACCCAAUGGAGACCCCAACUUCAAACUGUUCAUCAUCCGGGGCUCACCCCAGCAGAUUGACCAUGCCAAGCAGCUCAUUGAGGAAAAGAUUGAGGGUCCUCUCUGCCCAGUUGGACCAGGCCCUGGGGGACCAGGCCCUGCUGGCCCCAUGGGGCCCUUCAACCCUGGGCCCUUCAAUCAGGGGCCACCAGGGGCUCCCCCACAUGCUGGUGGCCCCCCUCCUCACCAGUACCCGCCCCAAGGCUGGGGCAAUACCUAUCCCCAAUGGCAACCACCUGCUCCUCAUGACCCAAAUAAGGCUGCUGCAGCAGCUGCAGACCCCAACGCCGCCUGGGCCGCCUACUACUCACACUACUACCAGCAGCCCCCAGGCCCUGUUCCGGGCCCUGCCCCGGCUCCUGCAGCACCGCCCACUCAGGGGGAGCCUCCGCAGCCCCCACCCACUGGCCAAUCAGACUACACUAAGGCCUGGGAAGAGUAUUACAAAAAGAUAGGCCAACAGCCCCAGCAGCCCGGAGCACCCCCGCAGCAAGACUACACGAAGGCCUGGGAAGAGUACUACAAGAAGCAAGCGCAAGUGGCCACCGGAGGGGGUCCCGGAGCACCCCCAGGAUCCCAGCCAGACUACAGUGCCGCCUGGGCAGAGUAUUACAGACAGCAGGCCGCUUACUACGGACAGACUCCAGGUCCUGGUGGCCCCCAGCCGCCUCCCACCCAGCAGGGACAGCAGCAGGCAAGUGGGAAUUGCCACCCUCCUCCUCCUCCUUUCUCCUUCCAACCCCCGGCCACCGUCCAUCCUGCCUUAGUGGGUAGCGCCGGAAACCCCUUCCCCUGCGGGGUGUGCCCUUGAUGCCUGCAGCGGGGCCGUGUGGCAGAGGUCUCCGGGAGUGCCCACGCGCCCGCCGGGAAGCGCACGCUGGGUCCAGAGGUUAACGAAGAGGCCUCCCUCCGCCAGCUGCUUGUUCCUGUGUAACGCUGUCGCGAUGCUGGGGGAGCGCGAAUCACACAAAGGUGGAACUUGUGAACUGGUGGGUAGUCCUGGGGGUGGGGGACAAGCAAGCAGCACCCGCGUUGGUCGCCAUCCCGGCUGCUAACCCACUCACUCAAAAUCUGGCCAUUUGGGAAGAAAAUGUCUAUUUUUUCCCCCUCUGCAUCACUUUUUUUGGUUUUUGUUCUUUUUAUUCUUUUAUUUUUUUAAGCCAAGAUCUUUAUCCUGUGUCCAAGUGACUGUUGCAGGCAGCCCUGGUUCUGGCGGGGAUGAGGGGAGCCAGGAGCCCGCCGAGAGGGUUAGGGGUACUGUUGAGCCUCCUCCGCUCUCGUGCUCGCCUCUGUGUCCCGGUCUUGUCUGUGAAGUGGGCAUGACGAUCGUUGCCACCUUCCAACCUACCUCACAGGGGUGUUGUGGGGACACCGUGAUCUCUGAUUGUUAAUGUUGUGAUGCGCCGGGAGCCCGCCCCCUCUUCCUUCCUUCCUUCAGACAGGACAUGCUCCUCCCUGCCCUGCGCCUCUCUGCCUCUGCUUCUCUCUUGCUGCGUGUCCUCCUCUCUCCUCCAUCAAGGAGCAGUCUUGACUCCAGCGAGUCCUGUGAGGCUAGACUCACUCACCUCCGUCCUCCCUCCCUUCCACCUGAGCCAGCUGUAGGUUUGGGAGCGGCUUCCCAGCCCCUCCCGCCCCGCGUGGGUGUUCCAGCCUUUCCAGCCUCCUCGACACCCCCAGUUCCUGCUCCCCCUCCCCGUAGUGACCAAUUCCUAUCUCUUCCCUCUCCGCAGGCUCAAUGAAUCGAAUGAAUGUGAACUUCUUCAUCUGUGAAAAAUCUUUAUUUUUUUUUUCUCCAUUUUGUUCUGUUUGGGGCUUUUUGUUUGUUUUAUAUUUCAUUUGUUUGGCGCUAGAGCGAUGGCCGCCGUGGGGGUGCCGGGGAGCCCUCGCGGUGAGUGGCCGAGGUGGCGGCACAGGCUGCCAGGCUCUCGCUCUCUCGCUCCUUCUGUGUGUCUCAUACUCUUCCUUUCAAAAUUGGGAUACUUCACGUUGAGCCAGCCUUAGAAGAUAGCGAGAAUUAAAUCUCUGCCAAAAAGAAAUUUUAAAAAUUAAAAACAAAGAGCAGAACAAAACCUAUAAAAUGAUAUAUAAAUAUAUAUAUAUAAAUCUCUAUACCCCCCCCCCAGCCUUCCUGAAACCGCCUGAGGGUAAAGUGAUCAUUUUCUCCCUACUGCCGGUGGCCCUCUUCUUGUUUUUAAAAUAAACUUUUAAAAAAGAAAAAAAAAGUCAUUCUUGCUUUUUUUUCUUUUUUCUUUUUUUUCUUUUUUUCUUUUUUUUUUUUUUUUUAGUUAGAGUUGGAACAUUCCUUGGACCAGGUGUUGUAUUGCAGGACCCCUCCCACCCCGCCUCUCUCUCCUUCUCUCGCUCCUCUUCCUCCCUUAGCUCGGCCGCACGCCCCCCCCUCCCCAGGACUGGUCUGGUCUUUUGUCUUUUCAUCUGUUCAAGAGGAGAUUGAAACUGAAAACAAAAUGAGAACAAAACAAAAAAAAUUGUAUGGCAGUUUUUACUUUUUAUCGCUCGUUUUUAACUUCACAAAUAAAUGAUAACAAAACCUCCCUGUGUCUGCUGGGUGCUGUCUGUCUGUCUCCCUCUCCUCUCUCUCCUCCCUCCUCCCUGUAGGAUUUUGAAGCAGAUGUUUGUUCUUUAUAGAUGUUUAAAAAAAAAUGGUAAUGGUGAUUGGAAAUUACAAGCUUUGUGUUGUGUGUGUUUUUUUAAGAAAACCAAAAUAUAAAAUAGUUUUUUGCA